UGGAAGGGGGAAUAGGAUAAUAUAACGAGGAGUAUAAAAAGCCCGAGUUUUCCUGUUCUGGUAUCAAUGAUUAUUCUUCUUUCUUGAAUAACUCUGCAUUUUAUUUCUUCCGUAUCAGUGUCACGCGACUAAAUAAAAAUGCAAGCUGGAUUUUUAUUUGUCCUCUUCGUUGGGGUCCUAGCAAAUACUUUGACAGGUACCGAUGCCCAAAACCCAUCGUCAUGUGGCUGCUCUCAAAAUAACUAUGGUAAUAAUUGUCAAUAUUUAACUUCAAAUGAAAGAAACAGACUUCUAGAUUCAUACUUUUUCACUACUGGAAACCGACAAGUAGACUUUGGUACCGUCUGGCUAUUGGCAUUAUACGAGAAGUAUCCAGCGUACAAACAACAGUACCAAAGAUUUAAGGACAUACCAAACUAUUGUCUGCUAAAUAACAGAGAAUUCAGACAAGUAUCAUCUAAUUACACUGCUGCAUUCGACGAUCUUGUCCGUUCUGUUGUUCUAGGGGAUGUUAAUAAGGUAGAUCUUUGGAGACGUUGGCCAUGCCCCCUUGCACCAUCAGGAUACAGUCAACAGGAUAAGAACGUUGUUGAAGACGUUUUCAUCUCAGCUGUCAGUUGCAACCAGAACAACUUUGAUCAAAUUGAUGCCAAUACCUGGUCCAAAGCCUGGAGACUUAUUUGGCGCAAUUAUGUAUCAGGCGCCCGUGAAGCACGAACCAUACCACAAUAAAAUCACGAAUAAUUUAAUCAUUUUCUGGAAAAAAAAAUUACGUCAGUCGUAUAUUUAAUAUUUACAUUUUAUUUAAAAUCCGUCUACAGUAAUUAACAUAUAUAAAUUACUUCAGUGUACACAGAUGUUUUGAAUGUAAUGUAAGAGUACAGAAAAUAAAAAUUCAAUCCACAAUAACUCCAAAAA